AGGAGCUCGGGAGGUGUCUGGAAAGCCCGCCCCCUCCUCCCUUUCCACUUCUCUUACCCCCCUUUUCUCCCUCCCCCACCCCCCCCACUCAAGUCCUGCGGACCUGGGGGCUUCGGGAUCUGGGCGCUAUGAAAAGUGUCUGCCCAGUCACUUCCGGUUUUUCUUCCCCCAAUCCCUCAGCUGCUGCUGCUGCUCAGGAGGUCAGAUCUGCCACUGAUGGUAAUACCAGCACCACUCCGCCCACCUCUGCCAAGAAGAGAAAGUUAAACAGCAGCAGCAGUAGCGGCAGUAAUAGUAGUAACGAGAGAGAAGACUUUGAUUCCACCUCUUCCUCUUCCACUCCUCCUUUACAACCCAGGGAUUCGGCAUCCCCUUCAACCUCGUCCUUCUGCCUGGGGGUUUCAGUGGCUACUUCCAGCCACGUACCGAUACAGAAGAAGCUGCGUUUUGAAGACACCCUGGAGUUUGUAGGGUUUGAUGCGAAGAUGGCUGAGGAAUCCUCCUCUUCUUCCUCCUCAUCUUCACCAACUGCUGCAACAUCUCAGCAGCAGCAACUUAAAAAUAAGAGUAUAUUAAUCUCUUCUGUGGCUUCGGUGCAUCAUGCAAACGGCCUAGCCAAAUCUUCUACCACCACUUCUAGCUUUGCUAACAGCAAGCCUGGCUCUGCUAAGAAGUUAGUGAUCAAGAACUUUAAAGAUAAGCCUAAAUUACCGGAGAACUACACAGAUGAAACAUGGCAGAAACUGAAAGAAGCGGUGGAAGCUAUCCAGAAUAGUACUUCGAUUAAGUACAAUUUAGAAGAACUCUAUCAGGCUGUGGAAAAUCUCUGUUCCUACAAGAUUUCUGCAAACUUGUACAAACAGCUGAGACAGAUUUGUGAAGAUCACAUCAAAGCACAAAUUCAUCAGUUCAGAGAGGAUUCAUUGGAUAGUGUUCUUUUUCUAAAGAAGAUUGAUAGAUGCUGGCAAAACCACUGCAGACAAAUGAUCAUGAUUAGAAGCAUUUUUUUGUUUCUGGAUAGAACUUACGUUCUUCAGAAUUCAAUGCUACCCUCGAUUUGGGACAUGGGACUAGAGUUAUUUAGGGCUCAUAUUAUAAGUGAUCAGAAAGUCCAGAAUAAGACAAUUGAUGGCAUUCUUCUCUUGAUUGAGAGGGAAAGGAAUGGUGAAGCAAUUGAUAGAAGUUUACUCCGAAGCCUUUUGAGCAUGCUGUCUGACUUGCAAAUUUAUCAGGAUUCUUUUGAACAACGGUUUUUGGAAGAAACUAACCGGCUCUAUGCAGCUGAAGGCCAAAAAUUAAUGCAGGAAAGAGAGGUUCCUGAAUAUCUUCAUCAUGUUAACAAACGUCUAGAAGAAGAAGCAGACAGACUUAUUACUUACUUAGAUCAGACCACCCAGAAGUCAUUAAUUGCUACUGUAGAAAAACAACUUCUAGGUGAACACUUAACAGCAAUUCUUCAGAAAGGUUUAAAUAACCUCCUUGAUGAAAACCGAAUUCAAGAUUUAUCUCUCCUGUAUCAGCUCUUUAGUAGAGUUCGAGGUGGAGUUCAGGUUCUCUUGCAACAGUGGAUUGAAUACAUUAAGGCAUUUGGCAGCACUAUUGUAAUUAAUCCUGAAAAAGAUAAAACCAUGGUUCAAGAAUUACUGGAUUUUAAAGAUAAGGUUGACCAUAUAAUUGAUAUUUGUUUUCUGAAAAAUGAAAAAUUCAUCAAUGCCAUGAAAGAAGCAUUUGAGACAUUCAUUAACAAAAGACCAAACAAACCUGCUGAACUUAUAGCUAAGUAUGUAGAUUCAAAGCUUCGCGCAGGCAACAAAGAAGCUACAGAUGAAGAACUUGAAAAAAUGUUGGAUAAAAUUAUGAUCAUAUUUAGAUUUAUCUAUGGUAAGGAUGUUUUUGAGGCCUUCUAUAAGAAAGAUUUAGCCAAGCGCCUGUUAGUUGGGAAAAGUGCAUCUGUAGAUGCUGAAAAAUCAAUGUUGUCCAAACUUAAACAUGAAUGUGGAGCUGCUUUCACCAGCAAACUUGAAGGAAUGUUUAAAGACAUGGAACUUUCUAAAGACAUCAUGAUUCAGUUCAAACAGGUAAAAUAUAUGCAAAACCAGAAUGUACCUGGGAAUAUUGAAUUAACUGUGAAUAUCCUGACAAUGGGUUAUUGGCCAACAUAUGUGCCUAUGGAAGUCCACUUACCACCAGAGAUGGUAAAACUUCAGGAGAUUUUCAAGACAUUUUACCUAGGCAAACAUAGCGGCAGGAAACUUCAGUGGCAGUCAACCCUAGGACACUGUGUGCUAAAGGCAGAAUUUAAAGAGGGUAAAAAAGAACUCCAGGUCUCUCUCUUUCAAACCCUGGUGCUGCUAAUGUUUAAUGAGGGAGAGGAGUUCAGUUUAGAAGAGAUCAAGCAGGCUACUGGAAUAGAGGAUGGAGAAUUAAGGAGAACACUGCAGUCAUUGGCCUGUGGCAAAGCUAGAGUUUUGGCAAAAAAUCCAAAGGGCAAAGAUAUUGAAGAUGGUGACAAGUUCAUUUGUAAUGAUGAUUUCAAACACAAACUUUUCAGGAUAAAGAUCAAUCAAAUCCAGAUGAAAGAAACGGUUGAAGAACAAGCAAGCACUACAGAAAGAGUAUUUCAGGACAGACAGUACCAAAUUGAUGCUGCAAUUGUUCGAAUCAUGAAGAUGAGAAAGACGCUUAGCCACAAUCUUCUUGUUUCAGAAGUGUACAACCAGUUGAAAUUUCCAGUAAAGCCUGCUGAUCUUAAGAAGAGAAUAGAAUCCUUAAUUGAUCGGGAUUACAUGGAAAGAGAUAAAGAAAAUCCAAACCAAUACAAUUAUAUUGCAUAAACAUUGGCCUCUGAGUAUUUGGUAUCAUAUACAGUAGCAGUGGAUAAACUAACCUGUUGAUCCUAUAUUAUUUGACUUCUUUUAUACUACCAAUGACCAAAUGAAGCAGUGUAAUGGAAAUAGUUGAGUCGACUUUUUCAGUGGUUAACAUGCCCAUUUAAAGAGUUAAUACUUAACCUUUAAGAAGAAUGUUGUUGAACUCUUUGCAUGUUAUUUAGUAUGAUGUGCAGAAAAUUCUUAAGAAAGUACCUGGUCUUCAUGAUUCCUCUUUGGAACUGGGGAAGAGGUCCCUAAGGCUAUUAAAAAAAAAGAGGGGGGGGGUUCUUAUACACCAUUAAUUAUGAAGCAAAAGGUUUAUUUGCUUAAAAUGUCAUUUAAAGAUACUUAAACUGCAUGCAAACUUUAUUUACUGUACAGAGUUCUGGAUGUAUUUAUCAAAUAGAAAAACCACCCUGGACUUGGUUGUUCACAUGUUUUGUGAUUUCCCUUGAAAAGAAAAAUAAGUUGUCGUAGCUAUUGAUAUUUUACUAAGUAAUGUUCUGUUACACUGAAAGGGAUGUUUAAAAAAAACUUAUUUGGAAACAGGUUUUCAAGUAGAGGGACAGUUGCUUAUGUAAUCUCUUGUAUAUACACAUCCUAAGGUGUUCCAUCUAUGACUGUGGGAUGUGUGUAUAUGGCUUAGCCCUGAGUUUACUGUUCUGAUUAACAGGUACUUAUAAAAAUAGCUGAAAUAGAAAAUUGCUGAUCAGCUGUACUGGAAGAUAUGGUAAGAGAGAAAAAAAAUCCAACUCGUCAUAUGAAAAGUGAAUACAAUAUGAACAUUGCAAAAGAGACCAAAACCCAUGUGUUUUGUAAAUUUUUACAGAAGCAAAAAUCAUCAACUAGUUUUCAACUUCCUUUAGACUUUAAUGUUGUUUGGACAGUUUUAUCUUUAACUUGGACCAAUUGUUAGAUUGUUACAGGCUUCCUAGGAUUUAGCAUUCCUAUUUUCUCUACCAAAGUUUUUUUGGGAAGCACCCCAACUCCUUUUUGUUGCUAAAUAAACCUUUCAUCCUUC